AGGAGGUAAUGGAUUUUCUCUUAGUCGAGACGCAGCAGCUGCUCUUCCGCUUCACCUCUCUCGCAUCCACUCUAAAAACAUUCAGAGUCCCCAUCUCAUCGGAGAAGGUUGAAAAGCUGCGCCGCAUAUCCACUGCACUUGUGGGCAUAUCGGAGCUUAUAAAGAGCCACAAAUCUGCUGCUCAAAAGGACGUUGAAGAUUGUUUGGACCGUGACGGCUGGGAGGCUACGUGGGGCAGCCGGACCGGAAGAAACGGUGGAUUUGAUGACAUAACAACAUUGAGUUCUAUGCACUUCACGGCCUCCACGCCCGAAAACUUCCGGUUCCCUUCCGUAGCUGGUCCUGCCUUGCAAGUAUACUCGAUCAAACUGGUUGAUCUCAAUCCUAAUCUGAGCUGGCCUCUUGAUGUCUACGGCGUGGUCGCCGCACGGGACGAUCUUGACCACAACCGCAACAUUCUCUUCUGCCGUUCAGGGGAAAACUGCCAAAGAAUUAAGCAAGAGGACCCCUUUUUGCACUUGACUGGCCCAUCUCGUGCAAUUGUGGCUGACGAGCCUGUUUUCUUUCAAAUUGAAUUAAAAUUGAAAUAUGGAGCGCAGUUCAAAGAUACAGCAUUGUUCACUGCCUAUCAAAGGUACCGCCCCAUGAAGCGGUAUGACAUCAUGCUGAUCAAUAGCCGCUGUUGUACAGCAGAGAUAAGUCUUGAGCGAUUUGCUCCAUCAAUCCAGGCCACAAUUGUUGGUGUUCGUGUGGUUGAAGGGGAGUCUUUUAACUAUGGAUGCAAAGUUUCUUGCUUCUUUUUUCCUGUUGAAGCAUUGUUGGGAAGCGCCGUGGAAGUUGUUUUGCUUGACUGCAGUGGUGAAAGGAUGCAUGCUGGAUUAGAUGGGUAUCUUCCUUUGUCAAGAAAUGUGAUGUCAGUGGGAUUGCAGGGCACACUCCGAGUUGUCAUAGGAGCAUACUCAAAGUCCAAACCCAGUAUCUCUCGAAUAAAUCACGUUGACUUUCCUGUCCAGCAGUGUCAAACAACUAUGCUUAAGUGUCAUGUUGGCAGCUCCAAAGUGGAGAUAGUUGUCGCUUGGUCUCGUCUUGUCAUGGACAAUCAUAAUCUUGUACUCGACGGCUAUUGAAGGUGUGUGGAGUGGCA